CUAUGCGGAAGUGACUGUGGAAGAAUCGCUUGCUUCCUGAAAAGUACCGGGUUGCUCGGGCUAUUCUUUCUUUUUUCCUAUAAUAACAACAAUAACUUCACACGAUAUUUAAACAUGUCCAAGAACACGGAACUGGGCCGCUUCAGAAAGGUUGAUAUAGAUGAAUAUGACGAGAACAAGUUUGUGGACGAAGAAGAAAAAGGCGGAGAUAAUCAACUGGGUCCGGACGAGGCCGAGGUCGAUUCCCUUAUCAGACAAGGGAACCUGAUGGGGGCGCUGCAGGCUGCACUGAAGAAUCCACCAAUCAACACCAAGAACCAGAACGUCAAGGACCGGGCUGAGGGUCUGGUACUGAAAGUCCUCGCUGCUUUUAAGACUAGCGAUAUCGAGAAAGCGGUACAAUCUCUGGAUAAGACGAAAGUGGAUUUGCUUAUGAAGUACAUCUACAAAGGGUUUGAACGACCAUCAGACAACAGCAGUGCGGUGCUGCUCCAGUGGCAUGAGAAGGCACUCUCUGUAGGUGGUGUGGGCUCCAUCGUGCGAGUGCUCACAGCUAGGAAAACUGUGUAACUCUUUCCAUCAGGACGCCUUGGCAGCGCUGGCACAGGGAUUGGCUGGCACAACCUCAGCGCCAGGCUCAUCAUUACACUGUGGAGGACGUCAGUCUCUCUCUCUCCUCUCUUGUUCUUUUCCCUCUGAAUUUCUGCUCUCAUUAUAUUGCUCCCUUUUCUGGGUUUCGUCCAGAGGCAGCAAAGCACAGCAGCUCAGAUCUGUACAUCACCUGAACAGCAGCGUGUCUAUCAAGUGGAUUUGCAGAUCUAAUCUCUGUUCUUCACACGUUUACAAAAGCAGAUGUUCCUUGAACUCCAUCUGCUCCACCUCUUUCACCCCCAAGGAACUGUUAAAAUGGCUUCAAAUGAAUUAAGACCUAUAUAUAAUUAAUUCUGGUUUAUUAUUAUAUCUAGUGGACUGUAUGAGUGUUACAGGUAUGACUGUAGACUGUUGUCAUGUAAGAUGAAAAAUCAUAGUCUCUCACCCCACAAACUGCUACCUAAUGCUAAUCAGCUCAUCAGGGCACAGACGGCGUAAACAUGCUUCUGAAAUCUGCAGGGCCUGAAUCAGGUGCUUUUGGCGCGAAUGUGUGUUAGUAAAUGACUUUUUUUUAAAGUAAUUAAUCGCAAUCACGGUACAACAUCCCACACCGGCCUCAAUGCUUCGCAUACUUUCCUGAUUAUAAGUCCCACUAGAGUGUAAGGGGCGUCUGCUUAGAUUCUGUGUUAGUGUCCAUCUUUCCAACACGCUAGUGUUGUCCUUUUGUUCGUCUUCUUCCAGAGUCAGCACCUCUCCUGAUCACUUUUCCUCAUCUCUGUGUGUAGUUAUGCUCAGCUGCCGUCAAAGCAGAUAACCAUGCCUGUUUCUUGUAAGCAUCUGUCAGACAGAUGUUAUGUUUAAAGCCAAAAUAAAGAAUAUGUUUGGUUAUAACUAGUGGUAGGACGGUAUACUGUUUAAAAAAUUAAAUAAAUAGGUUCAGAGACUUAUGAGCUACCGCUAUAUAUCACUGUGUAUCCAGGUGUGACUGCCCUUUUGUGAAAAGUACUGAAUUUUUAAUAGACGGUCAUUAAUUAUUAAUAGAUUUCUGCAUUUUAAAAAAAAAUAAAUAAAUUGCCAGAUACGAAGAAUGUUAAAUGUGUAAGUUUUACGAACUGAAUAAGUGAAGUCACGUUGCUUCUGCAGUAUAAUUCGUGGCGUUAAAACACGGCCGUGUUCGUGAGAAACAUCCAAACAAAAACCGUCUUUUCAGAAGUCACAACUAAGUUCACGAGACGUGAUGUUCCUCAGUAUGGAGGAAACCUGUAGAGGUUCAGUUAGCACUUGACACCAAGUUCAUUUUAGUUGUCCAGAGGCUAUUCUUACAAAUUGAACAUCACAUCUGAGGAAAAAGUUGAUAUUCUUAGUAGCUUUGUCUCGUUUCCACAGUCGCUACACCUUUCCAUCGUCCGUAUACAAGACUUGCCUGCUACACAGCUGUAACGCCGAGGACGCCAUAUUGCCUAGCAACAUUGCUCUCCCAUCUUUACCCACUUGAAUGUUGAGCACAUUAUUUAUCCAACUAACCAUUUUGAAAGCACAAGUUCUAAAGACCAUGAUGAUGAUGUGUACUGUAUUCUUGCAAUACCGUCUCCAACCAUGAGUUAUAGCUAAAUAUUUUGGCUUUAUUUUAUUACUGACAGCCUGUUUCUCAAUAAUGCUGAUUUAGGAUCAACUCUUUAUCAACGUUUAAUUCGGUUUAUCAGGACAGGACAAGCCAAAGACUGAUCCAGCGUCAGCAUGCAGACUUUUGAUUAAAUUAAAUCCAUUGAGUAUUGUACUGAAACGUGUUUAUGUAUAUCAUGAUCACGUUAUUUGGGUCUAGCCUUCACUCACAAUCUGCCGUUUAGUAGAUUUCGGAUCAGACUUCUGAGAAGCUGAACACAAAUAUACUGAAUGAGCGUAUACGUUAUGUUGUUGGAACUAAACAUUCCCAGCCGAAGUGUGUAUUUUGGGAAUGCUCUUAGUGUAGCCUAUAUGUAGUCCAUCAAAGAAGCCAUAUGUGAUGAACAGACUGACAUGGCCAUGUUUGACCUUCUAGUUGUGCAUAUCACUCAUUUGAUCAAGUGCGAAUAUAAUGUACCAGUUUACCGACUGCCUUAUGAAUUAUUCUUUUUGUAAUGUGCUGUCCACUUGGAAGCAAUAAAAAUUGUACUGAUUGAAAACUA